AUGUUGGGAUCGCUGGCGAUUGUCGUCAGAUCUGCUUCGGCAUUCUCCACUAUUGCCAGGAACCCAAUUUGUCGUCGUGGUCGUCCGGCAUUUCCAGGACGACGACUCCAACAGGCAAUGAAACAACAAUCCAUUUACACCAACCAAAGGUCCUUUACUGGAAUUUUCAUGUCUUCUGAUGAUGAUGGCGAUUCCGAUUCCGAUUCCAAAACGGUAGAAAGCACCUGGAAUUUGGGUGGCCUCAAAAAGGAAGUUUCGCGACUCACGGUACGAUGUCACAAAAAGAUUGGCAAGGCCAAUACACGUCUCGAAAAGGCCAACGCCGAAGUCGAGCGAUUGACUGGUGAUCCAAACGUCAGCUUGGAAGAAUUGGACAAAUGUCCCAAUGUGGGAGAAAUGGAACAAGAUCUGGACAAUUUGCGGGAACGACUGACCCAACUCAAUCAAUUGGAAGUUUCCAUCCAAGAUAUCAAGGGAAAGAAGGUGGUACUGCCAGAACAUAUUGCUCAGUUGGCCAUUGACUUGGAUGUUCGGGACGAAGGUCCUGCUCCAAAAGCUAGGCCGCCCAAAAAGGAAAAGGGGCCCAGGGUUAUGAAUUCCUUUCGACUGCCCUACCGACGAUAUUACACCGACAAUAAAACUGAAAUUCGGGUUGGGAAGCAAGCAGAGGACAAUGACGAACUGUCGUGUUCACCAGAACACCGGGAGGGUGCCAAUUGGUGGAUGCAUGCUUCCGGUUGUCCAGGAUCUCACGUGGUCAUUCGGAUUACGGAUCAAAAUGUGGACGAAGAAGUCGUCAAGGAUGCUGCUGCUCUAGCCGCACGACAAUCCAAAUGCACUGGAAACACCAUCAAGGUCAGCAUGACGCGGGCUCGUGAUGUCAAGAAACCACCUGGUGCCAAGGCGGGGUUGGUCCAAUUGACUGGAUCUGUGCGAACCAUUGCCGUCAAUAUGAAGGAAGCUCAAGUUCGAUUGAAUCGUUUGGACAAGACUUGUUUGGUAAACUGA